UUAUGUCUGAGGACAUGGUUGCGGAUGGAUAUGAAGACAUAAUGAACAUUGACAUUUCAUCAGUGGCCAUUGACAUGAUGAAAAGAAAAUAUGAGCACAUACCUCAGCUGAAAUACAUGCAAAUGGAUGUUAGGGAUAUGAGUGUCUUCCCAGAUGAAUCAUUUGAAGGUGUCAUUGAUAAAGGAACUCUUGAUUCACUGAUGUGUGGCAAUGAUGCUCCAAUUAGUGCUGCUCAAAUGCUAGGGGAAGUGAGUAGGCUUCUUAAACCUGGAGGGAUCUAUUUGUUGCAGAUAACCUAUGGUGAUCCUACAGUAAGGAUGCCUCAUUUGAUCCGGCCAGUGUACAAUUGGAAAGUUAAUUUGUACAUUAUACCCAGACCAGGAUUCCAAAGGCCUGAAGGUUGUAGUUCAUCAAUAAAGUCAUAUUUGGAACCUAUUCCUAUCACCGAGAAGGGCUUACUUCCAGCUGAGUUUGUUUUGGAAGAUCCAGAUUGUCACUUUAUAUAUUUGGAGCACUGAUGAAGGUAUAAUGGUCAUCCUUGGGUGUCUGACGGACAAAGGAUUCUGUUCAAUGUAUCUGCCUGGAUUUUAGGGAUGAAAAUCUAAAACAAAAAACCCAAUAAAAUAAAAUCCUCCUGAGAAACCAUAGACACAUUAUCCCCAUCUUUGAUUUCUUUUAUUGUAUCAGUAAGUAGCUACCAAAACAAUUACAAAAAUAGAUCUGUGAUAUUAAGUUCAUGGAGAUGUGAUGGUUGUUUUGGCAUGCUGGUUGCUAGAAUGCAUCAUUGUGUCGAUCCUCCAGUUUGUUCAAGUUUACAACCAGUUUUUAUUGAAAAUUCUUUCAAUCGUGGACUUGUUUGUAUAUCAAUCAGGAUGCUCGGAAUGAAGGGCAUAGGAGAUUGAAACAUAAGCUUGUAUAUUCCAAUGAAGGUGGUUGCCCCUGCGCGUAUUUGUGUU